AUGGCCUCCGUCGACCCCUUCGACUCGGCCCUUGACCUCCUCCGCCGUCUGAAUCCGAAGCACACGACCGAACACCUGAAUGCCAUCAUCUCACUGGCCCCAGACCUGACUGAGGACCUCCUUUCAUCCGUCGACCAGCCUCUGACGGUGAAGCGCUGCAAGCAAACGGGCCGUGACUACCUCCUCUGCGACUACAACCGCGAUGGCGAUAGCUACCGCUCUCCCUGGAGCAACCAGUUCGACCCUCCCCUCGACGAGGGCGCUAUCCCGAGCGAGCGUGUCCGCAAGAUGGAGGUUCGCGCCAACGAGGCGUUUGAUGUCUACCGUGACCUGUACUACGAGGGUGGCGUAAGCAGUGUGUACUUUUGGAAUCUUGAUGAUGGUUUCGCCGGUGUUGUUCUCUUGAAGAAGUCCGCGACACCGGGAGGUAGCGCCGAGGGCAUCUGGGACUCAAUUCACGUCUUCGAGGCCAUUGAGCGCGGCCGCACGACGCAGUACAAGCUUACAUCGACCGUGAUCCUAUCGCUCUCGACAUCGACGGGUGCCCUGGGCGACAUGGACCUCAGCGGCAACAUGACGCGGCAGGUCGAGCAGGAGCUGCCCGUUGAGGGUGACGAGAGCCAUAUUGCCAACGUCGGCCGUCUCGUUGAGGAUAUGGAGCUCAAGAUGCGCAACUUGCUGCAGGAGGUCUACUUCGGCAAGGCCAAGGACGUCGUCGGCGACCUGCGCAGCAUCGGCAGCCUCAGCGAGGGCGCCAAGGAUCGGGCGGCACAGAGGGAGAUCAUUGGGAGCAUGCAGAGGUGA